AGAGGAGAAGUGUCUUACACGAUUACUCUGACAAGGCCUAUCGUCACUCACCCGUAGCUAGUUUAGCGGGGUCUCGGUAAUAGCCAUGGCCCUGUGAUCGCCAGCAAGUCAGCUAAUUAACUUUUUAAGGAAUAAAGAGACGUCACCGUAGACGCCGCUUUGACUAAACGCCACAUCGUCAGAGCCACAGGUUUAAACGUUACCCCGCGACUGCCAGCUAGGUAGCUAGCUAAAGACGCAGCUAGCUUUUCGCCAACCAAGCACCACUAAAUUAGAUCCUGGUGUCUAUUUCAAAAUGUCAACUGCGGGGUUCAACUCUCAGAAUGGGACAGGGACAGGACAGACAUACGCGAAUGGUCCGUCACAGAAUCCAGUAGCCCUGCAGCAGCUGCCAGGGGUCAACUAUGGUAUGACACACCAACCACCCUACAAUCCAAUGCAGACCAAAGCUCCCAUACCCCCCGGCCCUGGACUCUACCCCUCUGGGCCUUACCAGCCUGCUCCCCCAGUCAGCGCCUACCAGCCUGGCCCACCACCCACGUCCUACCCAGCUCCCCCAGGCCAGACACUUUUAACCAGGCCUCCAAUGGGAGGCCUUCCAUCACACACCCCUCCACAGUCAGCCAGCCCCAGCCCUGGUCCUCGGGUGCCCCCUGCACAGGCCACACCACCACCUCCACCUGUGUCCUCUAGUGGCUACUACCAGAACCCACAGCAGCCUCAGCCCAUGGCCCCAGCUUGGCAGUAUAACACAGCUCCCCCAAUGAUGGGGCCACCCACAUCCAUGAAUGCACCUCCCCGUGGCCCUGUGGCUAAUCAUGUGAACCCAGCUCCAAGCUCGACAGCACCACUGCCACCACCACUGUCAUCAGCAGCUUACAGCUCAGCACCACCAGCCCAUGUGGGCCACGGUGCCCUUCAGCCACCGGGCCCAAGCAUGCCCCCGACCUCUGCACACGGAUACACCCAGCAAGGCACUGUCCCUCCACCAAUGAAUCCCAUGGCCCCCCACACAUACCAACCAAGCAGAGCUCCCUAUGGCCCUCCACCUACAGGUCCACCCCCAACCAUGAAACCGACACCUCCUCCCACCGGACCCCCAAUGGCCAGUGCCACACCUCCACCCCCCAAGGCAGAUGCUCAGUGUGGGGGGGUUGUUAACCACACUCUGCCCCCCACUGAGCCCGACUGCCAGGAGGGAGAUAUUGAAUGUCCAGGAUCCGUGGCUGGCAAUGGCCCACAAGCACCAAACAGCUAUAAUCAUGUUGACAACAAAAUGGCUGGCCAGCCUCAGCCUGGACCACCGGGUCGGCAUUUGGGUCACUACCCCUCCCUACCACCCGGGUACCAGAACACCUCAGCCCCUCACAACGCCACCUCUCCGAUGCACCCUGCGAUGCAGGCCGCCACGCAGCCUUACACUCAAGCACCUCAGCCAUACCAGCAGCCACCCGGUGGCCCAGGGCCGGCCCAGCUCAGUCCUUCCCUUGCGGCCAUGAGCCUCCAGUCCAGCACCCCAGAAGCCCUGAGAGUGGUCAACCUGCUGCAGGAGAGGAACCUGCUGCCACCAAGCCCGAUCCCUGCCCCGACACCCUGCCUCCCGCAGGACUUGCAGAAGAUCAACUGCCACCCAGAGGUUUUUCGGAGUACACUAACCAGCAUCCCCCAGACUCAGUCUCUGCUCAAUAAAGCCAAGAUGCCCCUGGGGCUGCUGCUCCACCCCUUCAAAGACCUCUCGCAACUACCUGUGGUGACAUCCAGCACCAUUGUCAGGUGUCGGUCCUGCAGAACCUACAUCAACCCAUUCGUCUCAUUCCUGGACCAGAGGAGGUGGAAGUGUAACCUGUGCUACCGGGUCAAUGAUGUUCCAGAGGAGUUUAUGUACAACCCAGUCAGCAGAUCGUACGGAGAGCCACACAAAAGACCCGAGGUCCAGAACGCCACCAUUGAAUUCAUCGCUCCUUCGGAAUACAUGCUGAGGCCCCCGCAGCCUGCUGUUUACCUCUUCAUUCUUGAUGUAUCCCACAACGCAGUGGAGACGGGCUACCUGAAUGUGUUCUGCCAGUCGCUGCUGGAAAACAUCAAUUCGCUUCCUGGAGACUCGCGGACGAAGGUAGGCUUCAUCACCUUUGACAGCACCAUCCACUUCUACAACCUCCAGGAGGGACUUUCCCAGCCUCAGAUGCUCAUUGUGUCUGACAUCGAAGAUAUCUUUUUACCAACACCAGACAGCCUUCUAGUAAACCUCAAUGAAUGCAAAGAGCUUGUGCAGGAUCUGCUGAAGAGCCUUCCAAGUUUAUUUGAAAAGACCAUGGAGACCCAGUCGGCGUUGGGUUCAGCUUUGCAAGCGGCCUUCAAGCUGCUGUCGCCCACUGGAGGGCGCAUGACUGUCUUUCAGACCCAGCUGCCUAACCUUGGUGUGGGGGCACUCCAGUCCAGAGAGGACCCCAACCAGCGGGCAUCUGCCAAGGACAUCCAGCACUUAUCCCCAGCGACAGACUUCUACAAGAAGCUGGCUCUGGACUGCUCGGGCCAGCAGGUGGCGGUUGACCUGUUCCUGCUCAGCACUCAGUACUGCGACCUGGCAUCACUUGGUUGCAUAUCCAGAUACUCGGCAGGGAGCAUUUACUACUACCCCUCCUACCACCACCAACACAACCCCGCUCAGGUGGAGUGCUUCCAGAAGGAUCUGAAGAGAUACUUAACCAGGAAGAUCGGCUUUGAGGCCGUCAUGAGGAUACGCUGCACCAAAGGUCUGUCCAUCCACACGUUCCACGGAAACUUCUUUGUGCGUUCAACCGAUCUGUUGUCCCUCCCUAACGUGAACCCAGAUGCUGGCUUUGCGGUUCAGAUGUCCAUCGAGGACAACCUGGACGACAUGCAAGUCGUCUCUUUCCAGGCCGCGCUGCUUUAUACGUCCAGCAAAGGAGAGAGGAGGAUCCGUGUCCACACAUUGUGUCUCCCUGUGGUCAAUUCUCUGUCAGACAUCUUUGCCGGAGCUGAUGUUCAAGCCAUCACUGGACUGCUGGCUUGUAUGGCUGUGGACCGCUCGGUGACAGCCAGUCUGAGUGAUGCAAGAGAUGCGAUGACCAACGCUGCCAUUGACUCGCUGGCGUCGUACCGUCAGUCCGUGUUGACCAUCCAGCAGCCUGGCCUGCUAUCUCCAGCCUGCCUCAGACUCUUCCCCCUCUUCAUCCUUGCCCUGCUGAAACAGAAAGCCUUCAGGACAGGCACCAGCACCAGGCUGGAUGACAGGGUGUUUGCCAUGUGUCAACUGAAGUACCAGCCGCUGGCCUACUCCAUGCUGAUGAUCCACCCUGCCCUGUACCGAAUCGAUGAUCUGACUGAUGAGGGAGCUUUGAACAUCAAUGAGCGGACCAUCCCUCAGCCCAGACUGCUGCAGCUGUCUGUGGAGAAGCUCAGCAGGGAGGCCGCCUUCCUCAUGGAUGCUGGAACGGUGAUGUAUCUGUGGAUCGGACGUAACUGCAACCCCAACUUCCUCACACAAGUUCUGGGAGUUCCCAACUACGCUGCCGUGCCUGAUAAUCUGUAUCUGCUGCCAGAGCUGGACACUGCCGAGUCACAGAGAACCAGAGCUUUCAUUGGUUGGCUGAGGGAUCAGAGGCCGUUCUUCCCCUCCCUGCAAGUCAUCAGGGACGAGAGCCAGCGGAAAAUCAGCUUCAUGCAGAACAUGAUUGAGGACCGGACAGAGUCAGCCCUGUCGUACUAUGAGUUCCUUCUUCACGUCCAGCAGCAAAUCUCCAAAUAAUCUUCAGUGGGACUGCUGGGUUGAGGGAGCACUGAAGUGAGGACGUGCAUUGGUGUGUGGGUGUGUGUGUGUGUAUGCGUGUGUCUGUAUGUAUGUGUAUAUGUAUGUGUGAAAGCAGUGGGAGGCGGACUGAAGGAAUCUCCAGCUGUGAUGCACCAUCUCUCUCUGAGGAAAAAACCCUGAGCUGAACUGAUGUAAAGCGUCACUCAAAUCAAACUACGUGACGGACAGUGCGAGGACGGACAGUGACUUAGAAUCGAUUCUGAUCCUUAUUUGGCACUUUUUACCCAGCUGAAGCAACGCUUUGAAAGAAAAAAAAAAAGGCAAGAAAUCCACAAUGAUGAUGAUGUAUGUCAGUGAUUAAAUGAAUCAGUGUUUAUUCUCAUAGAACAAUGCUAUCUUACAGAGGUAUCUUUCAGAUACAGUCCAGGAAAGCGGAUGUUUGAAGUGUUUUUGUUUCAAAAGCACAGUCGUCUUUACUAAAAACAAGUAUGUGUGUAUGUAUGUUUAAGACUAGAGUAAUGAGGAUGUUUAGUAUGUUUGCGCUCAAAGACUGUUAUUGGGUGUCACCAGGAGUGUUUAUACACAGAACACCUGAGGUGUAACAACACUCUUAAUAUUGAACCCGAAGGACAGAACGUGUGCUUUUUAUUUCUCAGUCAUUAUAAUUGUCUGUCGAACAAAUCCAUAGUCUGUCGUAAAACGGCAGAAAUGUUAAAGGUGUAUGAGGGCGGAUCGACCUCGCCGUCACCGCUGCCUUGAAUGUGUGGACUCGGCAGUGGAAAGUCAUUUUCGUUUGGUCUGAUCUGUCCUUCAGAAACUCUGUCAUCUUUUCUGUCUCUGGACAUUCAGAACACCUCUGACGACAUCGCUGUUCUGUUUGUUUCUUCUUUUUUUCUGAUAAUCUAAUAAUUUAUGAGACUCCCAGUCUGAUUAAAUUCUAUAAUUGCCUUGUAUGGGAACUCACUUUUUAUUAUUAAAACCUCUGUUCAAAUACAGACUCUAUAUAUAUGAUAUUUUAAUAUAAUAGGAUAUGGGAAAUUCUUUAACACAGACAUAACAAAGCCAUUGUGAUCUUUUAAUCAUGCUUAUUGAUACUUGUAUAUUGAAAAGACUGCAUUAUAUAAAGGUGAAGAAAUGCUGAUGAUUUUAGUAUAAACAUUAAGGUGAAAUGACGCUAAGAGAAUAAAAUGUUUGGGACUUUUUAAAUGUAGUUUUGUGUUUGGUGGCUGAAAAGUGUUUAUUCAGUGGAAAUGAAGACAGCAAAACGUAAAAUGGACCAACACAGUCAAUUUUUCUCUUGACUGAGCACGGAUGGAAGGUUUUUUUGAUUUGAUCUGAUUUCAUACAGUUUGUAAUUUAUGUAUUAUAAUGAGCAAAAAUGUAUUUAGGAACAGAUAAAUAUGUUUUGGUCUUCAUGCACAAAAUUGUCUUUCAUAAAAAAAAAAUCUGAUGAAAAUAAAAAUAGCCUGUGUUUGUACGGAGUACAGAGCAGAGGCGUGGAGUCGA